AUGUCAGACAACGGUGAACUCGACCAAACCGGAGACAGCUGGAAACAUGACCAUAUGAGGAACGGCUGUCCGUACACGCCAAACCCUGAGUUCGUGCACGGUGGAAGCUUUUGGAAGAACCUGAAGCGUGUAGUCUCGCAGACAGAAAAUCGGCAGGAUAUACCGUUGCUGAGGAUUAGAGAGUGGAAUGGAAAGGCCCUUUUGAACCAUCGCGGCAAAACGAGUGAGGACGUGGAACGAUAUCUCGAAGAGAUUGCCGACCAGCGGCAAGAGAAGGCACAGAAUCAGUCUUGGGACGGGAAAGUCAAAUGGAUCCAUGUUCCUGGAAACGAUAUGGGGGCGUGUCUGAGAGUACUCAUGUCUCUGUGUCACAUAGCAAAGCCACAGCUUGAGUUACUGCUUUGCAAACUGCACUGGUGGGAUCAGUUGAAUGUACCCUGGGAUAUGUUGCCAUGGGAGGAUGGCUCGCCCGACACGGCGCCGACAAAUGGGUCGGACACUGAUGAAACCCAGGAGUCUUACAAAUCGGGGAGUCAGUCUCAAACAUCAGGAGAGAUGGUCGAUUCUUGGGAACACAAGCCGGUUGAGGCAUUGUUCAUGGAUGCCGCCGCGUUCCAUGUUGACUUCGACUUGAUAGCUGGCCAAAAGGGUCUUGACAGGGGGAAUCGACGCGCUUCAGAGAAUAAUGAAAUCCGCGCCAAGAAAUCUAGCACCCUUUCGAGCACAGUUCUAUACAUGCCGUACCUACACUACGACUCCCUGAAGAAACAUAUGGAUGAGCUAGAGGAGCGGCAGAAAUAUCCAUCCGACUGGGCUCACCAUCCGCGCCGGAGCUUGGACGAGGCAGCUGAUCGGUUUUUCACGUACAGGAGUCUCGCUGAGCGCAACAACGACCAGGUCGUCACCAGGUACCUCCGCAAUCCCCGAAAUAGAAAUGCCCUGGGCGGCAAAGAGCCAGUGGGUGGACCAACCCUUAUGGUCGUGGAUCAGCUCUGGCUGUGGAUACUAGAUAAAGAUACUCUCGUGACGUGCUUUCCCGGCGACAAAUGCAAGGAGGCCCAUAAUAAAUGCAAGGAGGCCCACAAGAAAUGCCCGAAGCUAAACCUGGAGUGUCUCGUAAUGGAUCAAAUCAGGAGGAAGUGUUGUGAUGGAAGGCUUGAUGCGGAGCGCCUUGCGUCCCAUCUCAUUUACAGAAGCUACUCGAUCUUCACCCACCGCCACUUGAGAGACCCGACUCUCCGCUUUAUCGAAAUCUUCGAGAAAUCAAUCUCGGAGCAGAGAGCAAACAGCACGGAUCUCUUUCGAGCUCUGGAGGUAAAAAAGAAGUCAGGCUCAUUGUUUAGCAGGCGUUCUCCCGACUCGCACAAAGACCAAGACAUAGAUGGAACUUGCCCCGAGGGAGAUGCGACAAGGAAGUCGCGCCGUAGACGACGAAAAGAUGUUUUCAACCUGCAAGAAGAUAUCGAGGCAGUUGGGCAGGUUCGUGACAUAGAUGAGGAGCUGCACAUCAUGAUGCGCAUUGUGGAACUUCAGAUGAGUGCACUGGAAAGAACUGGCCUGCCCAAGUGGGAGGAGAACUGGAAAGAAGACCUCGAGAAGUUCAAAGGGCGUCUGGAGGGACUGUCUGCCCAGACAAAGGACAUCAAUGGGUUGCUCGUUCAAACUCUAGGACUGAAACAAGCCCAGCUCAGCGUACGCCAGAACGAAAUCGUCCUCUUAUUCACCGUCGUUACCAUAGUCUUCCUCCCUCUAGGCUUCAUGAGUUCUAUUUUCGGCAUGAAUGCAGCGGAACUCAGCGACGGCUCUCCAGUGGGCCUCCGCAGAAUCUUCACCUACAUGUUUCCGAUAGGAGUCUUCGUGUCAGUCGUGGCUCUCGCUUGGGCGUUUGAACCUGAUAUUGCGGAUGGCAUUAGCAUAUUGAAAGCGCUUUGGCAUGGCUGGAGGAAGGAUAAGGGAAAGGAACACGAAGGCAAGAAGAGUGCGUGGAGCUUUGGGAGAAAGAGAAAGGGAAGUCGCAAGGAGGAUCCAUACCCAUAA